AUGACAAAGGCAAAAAGAGAGCAUGCUAGUGGUGAAUCUGGUGAUCAAGUAAUGGAAAGAGCCCGUGAAGAGUACAAAGCAAUUGUCAAGAAAAAGAGGCCUUUUGCACUGGAGUAUUGGUGGAGAGUAGUGAAGGAUCAACCCAAGUGGAGUAAAGCUUACCCAAUUGAAGAAAUGGUCAACAAGAGAAGUAAGUUGAAUGCAUCAAGAGCUUAUACUUCUUCAAAUCAAGAUAGUGAAGAUGCAAACCCUGCAGCAAGGCAGCGACCACCAGGGAGAAAUACAUCGAAAGCACAACAAAAAGCAAAAGGCAAGUCAGUACAUUCAGAAGACAACAUUUCAAAUGAAAAUAUAAACCUGUUCAAUGAACUUCAGUUGAGGAAAGCUAUUGCUGUUGAGAAAAUGGCCGAAGCAACACUUACCAAGGCACAAGCUGCACAAACCAAAGCUGAAGCUGAAAAUAAGAUGGCAGAUAUUGAGGCGAAGAAGACAAAGUUACAGAUAAUGGAGACGUAUAUGGUGCUGGUUGAUAAAGACACUACAAAUUAUGAUGAAGCUAGCAAGGCUAGGCAUGAAGAAAUAUUGGCUUACUUAGCUAAGCAACAUUUUAAUUGA